AUGGAAUUGUGUGUGCGUAUGCAGUUUUUGUUAAUUGGACUUUUGUUACAAUUAGGAAUUUGCUCUAACAAAAUGCAGCGAUAUAAUCCUAACACAGAUUUUUUACUCCACGAAGCUGGAGGAAUCACAACAGCUCCAAAAAGAGAUUAUGUUGCAGAAUUCCCUUCGCUAAAGCCAUCAACAACAACGCUACAACAAUCAAGAACAACGCAAAAUUUAAACAGUAAUUCUGGGACAACCUUGAAACCUCAGUCACCAAAGAGGGAUUAUGUGGCUCCCCAGUUCCCGUCUUCUAAACAAACGCCAGCAAAUACUCAUAAAACAACUUCACCUCAGAAUAUUACUCCUAACCAUAAUGCUUUAGGUCCCACACUCAAACCACCAUCUUCACCAAAAAGAGAUUACGUCGCGCCACAAUUCCCAACUCUCGAACCAAUACAAGAUAGUAAUAAAAAAUUUACAACUAAUGUUAAGGAUCUCAUAAACUUUUACGAUAAUAUUAACAAGGAUAAUAAUAACAAUCCAAGAAAACCAAGUUACAGUUCCAUACUACAAGGAUCAACCGCUGUAACACCGAGCACGCCAUUAGCAACCCCUUUAACACAAAAAACUACACCAACUACUAAAAAACCUAUGAGCUUUAGUUCGGUGGUAGCUGGCACAUCAAAACACACAACAAUAAAUCCCACACAAGCCACGCCACAUGUUCAAAAACCAACUAUACCAAAUAGUGGUAUAAAUACUCAACCGACUGGUCGCCCUGUAUUGCCAAGUUCCAUAUUAAAUAACAAUGAAAAUACAAAUCAAGCCAGCGGGUCCAACAUAGCUAGUGAUUCAGAAUUGCAAGCUCUCAGUGAAGAAUUGUUGAGGAAGGAUAUAAAUAAUGCCGCCAAAUACGUAACAAUUAACUAUCAGGGCAAGACAACAUCUCAAUCCAAGGAAGAUAAUGCUCCGCAACCAUUACUCACCAUAGCGUCUGAAGCUUGGAAUAUUCCAACUAUUCAAAAGUUUGUUCCGUUGCUGGAUAACUACGAAAGAGAUACGAUGAUUAAUGAAUAUGUAACGGCACAGGAAAGAAUUGAAGAAAACGCCUUUAUGGACGCUAUCAUGUCAACAACAGUCAUACGUCACUUGAUGAAUUUCUUUAAGGAGAAAGGUUAUGUUACACCAGAUCCUAGACAACAGAGAGAUUUUUUGAAACAAUUAUGGUUUGGUUUAUAUUCUAGAGGCAAAGGUAAAAUUAGUAGCUCCGGUUUCGAACACGUAUUUGUGUCAGAACUCAAAAAUAGUGAAGUGUCAGGAUUACAUAAUUGGAUAUAUUUUUCAAAAGAAGAAACAGCUAACCGAGUAAAUUAUUUAGGGUAUCUAAAAUACGUCCAAAUAAACGACAAAGGGGUCGUCAUUAAAUUUCAUUUUAAUCAACAAGGAGUCGAUAAACCAGUGGACAGUAUGUUUAUUGGCACGUCCCCAGAAUUAGAAAUAGCGUUAUACACUCUGUGUUUCGUUACCCGUGUUGGAGAAGAUUGCCGCUUGAAGCUUGGCAAUAAAGACGUCAAUAUUUUAACCCACAAUUUCAGAUAUCGAACUUUCGAGUUGGAUAUGAUUAGAGAUGGAGAGAGUAUAAGAUAA